CUCCUCAACUCACUCCCAGCCGUAGAUGGCGGACGGGGAACAUAAACGGGUCGAAGCCGCCGACACCGGCCGCGCCGUGGAGCUCGACGAGCCGCUUCUGAAGAGGGCGAGAGUUCUGGAGGCGUCCCGUGAUUCGGAGCACAGCGCUGCCAGCGGAACCGAGCCGCUUGAGUCGAAACCGGCAGGAAUGGAUGAAGAGGAUGAGGCCGCACUGAACAACAACAAUAACAACAACAGUGAACCCGCCGAACCCGAACAACAUCUGUCCGAAUUAAUCGACGAAGGUGUCCACCCCAGUGGAUUAACAUCACCUGAUCAUCUUCAUGACGAUGAUGACUGCUCCUCUCAUGCCAGCUCUAGUGACUGGACCCCUCAACCACAGAUCGGUUCCUACCGGUUCAUUCAGCAGCACAUCAUGAGAGGAACCGACCCGAGAGCCAUCCUGAAAGACCUACUUCCUGAAACGGACCUGCCCCCAGACCUCGACGACAUGACACUGUGGCAGAUCAUCAUCAGCAUCUCAGAACCCCCAAAAAGGAAGAAGCGUAAAGACAUCAACACCUUGGAGGACGUUGUCCGGCUGCUGAAUGAGAGAAAGAAGAUACUUGUGCUCACUGGCGCUGGGGUAUCCGUUUCUUGUGGAAUUCCCGACUUUCGAUCUAGAGAUGGGAUUUAUGCAAGACUUGCUGUGGAUUUUCCCGACCUUCCUGAUCCUCAAGCGAUGUUCGACAUUGACUACUUUAAAAGAGAUCCAAGGCCUUUUUUCAAAUUUGCCAAGGAAAUUUACCCAGGACAGUACCAGCCUUCUCCCUGUCACCGGUUUAUAUCAAUGCUGGAUAAGAGAGGACGGUUACUGAGGAAUUAUACUCAGAACAUUGAUACUCUGGAGCAAGCUGCUGGAAUUCAGAAGAUCAUUCAGUGUCAUGGGUCUUUUGCGACUGCGUCAUGUCUUGUUUGUAAACAUAAAGUUGACUGCGAGGCCGUACGGGAUGAUAUAUUUAACCAGGUUGUUCCUCACUGUCCGAGGUGUCCGUCUGACGUCCCUUAUGCCAUCAUGAAACCAGACAUUGUCUUCUUUGGCGAGAAUCUUCCAGAGUUUUUCCACCGAGCAAUGAAGCAGGAUAAAGAUGACGUGGACCUUCUCAUCGUGAUCGGAUCUUCUUUGAAAGUUCGGCCGGUUGCUCUCAUACCCAGCUCCAUACCUCAUGAAGUGCCUCAAGUCCUAAUAAACCGCGAGCCGCUGCCACACCUGAACUUUGACGUUGAGCUGCUCGGAGACUGUGAUGUCAUUGUGAAUGAACUCAGCCAUCGACUGGGUGGCGACUUUGAGCAGCUGUGCUACAAUUCCUCACGGCUCCGCGAGAUUACGGAAAAACCGCCCGCCUCAUUACUCGCCCUACCUGAACAGACUGCGGAGAGCACGUCCACGACUGCUCAGGAGCUUCCGGGUACAAACGCCUCAGUUGAGGAGACCGAUCACGCUCUGUCUGUGUCUCCAAUCAGAGUCAGGGAUUCUUCUCAAAAUGCAACGGAGAUGGAGAUAUCGUCCCUAGAAGCCAAACGAACCAGCUAUUGUCCAGAGCAGUUAUCAGAAACUGAUGCGGACACCAACACUCAGAGCCCUGAGUUAGAAGACUCCAACUCAAACACACAUUCUCUGAAGACAACGAGUCCCUGUUCGGAGAGGUUGGACCUCAGAAAUAACGCAGCGUCUGAUGCUACAGAAGCCGGACACGCUACUGAUGAUACGCAGUGUGGUAAGGAGGAAAUGCCAGAGGAGCAUCGAUGUGUUGAAAUGCGAAGACGCCGCUGGAGAAGCCGAAUCUGUCAGAGUCCAAUCAGCAAACGCCUUGGAGCCUCCCAGUACUUAUUUCAAGCGCCGAACCGUUACGUUUUCCACGGGGCUGAAGUGUACUCGAGCUCAGAGGACGAGACCUCCAGUUCAUGCGACAGUGACAGUGACGGCUCUCGCUCCAGUGCGGACGCUUUGGAAAACGAAGACAGUGAUAUCGAGGAAGAGGAUGUUCCAGUGACGGACCGAGACACAGAAGGACACCUCGAAGAGACAGUACGAGAAAAUGAACCCAAACGCCUUCAAACGGACUGCACAGCAGAUAGAAAUCUACAAACCACCACAGACCUUUAAAACAUACGCAAGCACUAGCUGUAUGUGCUCAUGUCUGUUUUAUAUAUUUUUGUACUUCCCUCUCUCCAUAGUACUGUUAUGUCUUCUAAUGCAUGCAACCCUGUUGUUUUUGUUUGUUUCGUUCUUUGUUUUUUAUUUAUCCCCAGUCUGUUUGUAUUUUUGCAUUGUUAAAUAUAAAAUACAAGUUUAAUUACAAUGAGCGUUUUUGCCUGACAGUGCGGUGUAAUCGCUUGGGAAUGAUUUUCAAACCAAAGAUCACUUUUUCCAUGUUUCAGUCUUUCCACUGAAAACAUUUCUUGUUGGAACUGGUCACCGCUUGUGUCCAGCAUGUACACCAAAUUGUGGCAUUUACUGAACAUUUGGCAGCUACGGUCAGCUUACUGUUAAAGUAUUUUAUACCCAGUCAUCAAAAAAAAAAAAAGAGUUUUCUAUUCGGUUUUUCUUUUCUUUUGUAAGAUAGAAACCAUAUUCAUGCAUUCACAUCCUUGUAGUUCUAGGAGGAGUUUUCAAGCUCUUGGUGUGUUAAUAAUGGUUCUGAACUGGUUUUGACCGUACCUGCAUUGGCUUUUCUUAUUCCCACCGACUGGCCAUUAAAACAGUUUAAUGAGAUUAAAGAAAUGAUCAACAUUACUUUGCUUGUAUUAUGAGUAGAAGGUUGAAAAAUGACCUGUUUUCCCGAGUGUGGAUUGGCAAUUAUGACAUCACAAGAGUAUUGAUGCAAAGAUACAAACUUCACAAAGUAGCAUUAUUUACUGUUCUUUCCCACCUGUACAUGAUGCCUGCGAUUGUAAAAAAGAAUAGUAGAGAAUUAUUUUGUGCAGGAUUAAAAUAUUGACGAGUUUGCAGAAUGAUGCGUUAUAGCUGUUUUAUGAAGGUAUCAGUGAUGUUUAGAAUGACGGUUACAAACCGGACAUAGACUUCAGCAGUUACAUUAUAUAUAUAUAGUU